AAGAAAGUAGCGUGGGGAAGGGCAGGAGAGGGCAAGCAAAGCCGGUACCACAGUACGCCUUGCUAUCAAUGGAGGACUCGGAAGAGAAGGAGGUGGUGGGCGGUGGUGGCGGCCGCUUUAGCGGAGGAGGGACGGGGGUGGUGUGUGUGACGGGUGCCGGUGGAUUCUUGGGGUCAUGGCUGGUGAAGACCCUUCUCUCCAAGGGGUACACCGUCAGGGGUACAGUCAGAGACCCAGAUGAUAAGAAAAAUGAGCAUUUGAAGACCUUAGAGAACGCUCCUGAGAAACUGCAGCUUUUCAAGGCAGACCUACUAGACUAUGAUGGCUUGUAUUCUGCUAUCGUUGGAUGUGAUGGAGUAUUCCAUGUUGCUAGUCCACUUCCGACGCAUGCUGUGGUUGAUCCUGAGAAGGAGGUGGUUGACCCGGCUGUGGAAGGUACAAUGAAUGUCCUUAAGGCAUCAUCAGAAGAAAGGGUUAAAAGGGUUGUCCUUGUUUCAACUGGUGCAACUAUCACAAUGAGUCCAAAUCCACCGGAUGAUAAUUUCUAUGACGAAAGAUUUUGGUCUGACAUUGAAUACCUCAGGGCAAAGGAGAAUUGGUAUCCCCUUUCAAAAACAAUGGCAGAACAGCAUGCUUGGGAAUAUGCUAAGGAGAGUGGCUUGGACCUGGUAACUCUUUGUCCAACUAUGAAUCUGGGCCCAAUGUUGCAGGGGAAUGUGAAUGGCAGCAGCAUGUUUCUUAUUAAACUAUUGAAAGGAGAGAAAGAGACCAUUCAAAAUGUCAUUCAUGUAAUUGUGGAUGUUCGAGAUGUGGCAGAGGCAUUAGUUCUGGUAUAUGAAAAUUCAGAGGCUUCUGGACGCUAUAUAUGCAAUGCACAUCAUAUCAGAGCACGUGAUUUGGUGGAAAUUUUGAAGCGCUUGUACCCUCAUUAUAAUUAUCCGAAGCAGUUUAUCGAUGUGGCACAUGAUAAGCAUGUCUCUCCAAAGAAAUUGCAGAGUCUGGGCUGGAGUUUCAGGCCUCUAGAAGAAACACUUGCUGAUGCUGUACAAUGCUUUUGUGAGCGUGAUCUUCUUGGGUGACUCUUGUCUCUGUGUCUUUGGCAUGUAUUUUAGCAACUUUUGUCAUGUCCUUUCUAGUAAUGGUUGCCAGAUUCUUUUCAUUGUUGGGCAUUGGCUAUUAAACAAUGAUUCAUAUAAAGCUGGCUUUUGUCCGUUUUGUUGUCA